GCAUUGCGUUGAAUAUUUUUUAAUGAAAGUCAACGAGCAUGAAUCAUAGUAAAUAUAUAUCGAUGUUUUGACUGAAGAAGACAAAUGUUUUAGUGCUAUGAUCGAUGAGUAAUAGUUGUUGCUUUACUAUUUGCAUGAGUUACAGUCAUUAGUAGAUUUACUGAUAACAUGCAGCUCCAAUUUUCUUAACUAUCAUAAUUACACAUAUGGUACUAGCGUGGCUGAUCAAUAAAAUGGAAUAAAGCAUAUUUCCAAGAUGUUCAACAUUUUGAUAUACACUUAUAUUGAAAAAUAAGGUUAAAGAUAGAUUUCAAACUUAGUAUUCUAUUUCAAAAACAAUAAUUAAAAUUUUGACGAAGACCAUUUCAUCGUCAAAAGUUCAUAUGCCUUAUAUCAUCUACAUUUGUAUACUAUAUUUAACAAAAAAAAACAUAAAGUUUCUACCAAAGAAUGAGUAGACGAAAAUAACUGUUUAUAUUAAAUUAGCUAAGCUGUAAAUUUGUUUGAAAUAAAAAGAUAAGCAACAUCCAUCAGUGGCAAUUUAAAGAUUCUCCUUAAUUAAGAAAUUUUUCUCAAUGUAAUGCGAUAUAAAUAGUUCCAUAGAUUUAAAUUUCAGCAGCUGUUAAAGUAGUUAAGUAAAUCAUUAGUGAAGUUAUUUGCUCAAACCUAACCAUGUGUUUUCUAAGGAUUUUUACCUAUUAAAUUUACUGUUUAUUCAACAGAAACAAGUAUCACUUGAUAGAGAUCGUGCAGUUAUCUUAGUCGUAUCUGUAACUGAUCUAGUUCUUUUCAAUUGAAUUAUUGAAAAUCAUGAUGUCAACUGUUACUGAAACAACGCUUUAUCAGUUUCGACCAUAAACAAGGUAAAGUAGAAUAGGUAGACAGGUUUGGAUCAUUAUAUUGAUGAGCAAUUGGCACCAGUUAUAACUAUUGCAGAAGCUGUACCAUAUGUAUAAGUGAUCUCAAUCCGUAGGACGGGUCAAUUUUUCACGUCGAUUUUAUUGAUAUGAGUAGUCUACCGAGGUAGAGAGAUGUAUCUAUUGAAUGCGCCUUAAGAAUAAUUGUUAUGUCUAUUUUUUAGUAUUAUAAGACUAAAGAAAAUCAACAAAGCCUGUUUUUUUUAAUUAAUCCUUAUUUGAUAAACUAUUCUUUAUUAUUUCAGCUGUGCCAGCUAAUAGUGCAGCAAUCGAUUCGCAUACGGUAGUGGCUGAUACUGAAAACUCAUUGAAGGGUACAAUGGUUGUGUCAAAUUGUGACAUUCAGUCACUUACGGAAUCAAAAGCUGCAUUAUCUGAAACUUUGGCACAUGCAGUUCAAACAAAAUCUAGAAAUGCUAAUUCGAAAGUUCAAGUGAAUACUAUCAGACUACUGUCUCAUGGUGCACUUGCUCUCGAUUAUCAAUGUAAAGCUGUGGCUGAUUUAGAGGCAGCAAAAAUGGCAUUACACAAUGCUGUUCAACGGAAUGAUUUCAUAAAUGUGAUUGCUCUGCGGAUAAUUGCUGCCGAAUCUGAAGCAAGCGAAAGAAGUCAACAGAAUAAAACCCUGCAUUUUCCACCGCAACCAGCAUUCAAAGCACCGAAAAAAGCUGACGUUCCCUGCGGUGUCACAGAUCGCCAACACCCCCCAUCGAAACCACCGAAGGAAGGUGAAUGGGCAUCGGCAACAAUUCAUCAAAAGGGGGAAUCAACAGAAGCAACACGACGCCCUGGAGAUACAACGAAAUCCGGACCAGGUAACGAUCAUGAGAAGGACCGUUCCCCGGAAGCAACACGACACCAAGGACAUACCACGAAAUCAGGACCAGGCAACGGUGGUGACAAGGGCCGAUCAACAUUUGUAACACGACACCCUCGAAACACCACGAAACCCAGUGGAAGUACUGGUGGUGACAAGGGCCGAUCAACAUUUGUAAUACGACAACCUCGAAACACCACGAAAUCCAGUGGAAGUACUGGUGGUGACAACGGCCGAUCAACAUUUGUAACACGACACCCUCAAAACACCACGAAAUCCAGUGGAAGUACUGGCGGUGACAAAGGCGGAUCAACAGAAGCGACGCGACACCCAGGAGACACAACCAAAUCCGGAUCUAGUACUGCUGAUGGGAAGGGCACAUCCACGGAAGCUGGCUCACCAGCUGCUGCUACCACGAAAUCGGGCGGUGCUGUCGGCGAUGGCAAGCCGCACCGGUUGAAAGAACCGAAAGGAGGUAAUGGGAAAUUUGAUGGAGGCGAGAAAAAGGAUGAACUAUUCAGGGGACCGAAGGAUGGUGAGCGUAAACGGGAUGGAGUCAGCAAAGAGGAUGAAGCAUUCAAGGGACGGAACGAAAUUGGAGGUAAACUGGGUGGAGUCGACGAAAAGUAUGAACCAUUCAAGGAACCGAAGGAAGGUGGCCGUAAGCUGGAUGGCGCCGGCAUGAUUGAUCUAGCAUUCAAAAUACCGAAACAGCGUGAAGGUAAACUGGAUGGAGCCGACAAAAAGGAUGAACCAUUCAAAGAAGAGAAAGAAGGUGAAGCUAAACUUAGUAGAGUCGACAAGAAGGAUGAACCAUUCAAGGAACCGAAUGAAGGUGAAGCUAGAUUGGAUGGAAUGGUGAAAAAUGAUCAAGCAUGGAAAGAAUCUAAGCAAGGUGAGGCUGCAUCGGGUAAAAGUGAUGACAAAGGUAACGGAUCGAAAGGAGCGAGAGAAAGUGAAGGUGUAUCGCGUGUAGAUGGUGAAAAGGGUGAAUCGACGAAAGCACCGACACAAGCUGCCGCUACGAGGUUAGCAGCCGUACAAGGUGGAGCUACGACUGUAUCCGGAGCAGCUGGAAGUGUUUAA